CAUUUAUGCAAUUGCCUUCCAUUUAACCCUUAAAUUCCCAUACAAUGCUGGAUAACUCACCCCGAAACUUGGCCUUCACCAAAAAACACGACUCUCAGGAUAAAAUUUCCAGCUUGAGGCGGAUCUCCACAUCGCUCCAUCUCCACGCCAAACACGCGGACCUCGAUGACUACAUCAACACGCUCACGGUGGAGGACUUCCCGCAGGUUCACUCUCAAUACGACGAGGAAUUUCUCAAGGGCGACAACCUUCUCCGAGUUUUUGAGGCCACCAGCGACUGCAAUCACCGCUUGACCGUGAACCCCAAGAUCAAGGAUUUCUACGCAGAUGUGUUGCAGUGCGCGCGGUUGAGAGAAAAGUACCAGGUGCUCUCCCGACAAGCAGAUGACCAGAACCCUGCAAACUGGGGUAGCUGGACAUCGUACCCGAGACCUGUGAAGGAGUACCUUUCGCUCCAUCGCUUGGUUUGUUCCGACUGCGAUGCGUUGAUUGACUCUGAUUCGGAGAAUGAAGUUGCCGGCGAUGUUACCGCUAAAUCGACUCUCCAGGACACUGGUUCUCAUUACAGUGGGUUUAAUUUCUCCAUAAAAGGGUUCUGCGAGGCCUUUGGAAUAGACUUCACCACAUGUUCGAGCCUAUCCUUCCGCAACCUGGAUAAAGGCUCUUCAUAUCCCGGUUUGAAUGGAGAUAUUGCCUUCCCCUGCUUUGAAGAAUAUAUUGACGACUUAAACCUCGUGAUCGACACCAACAACAAUUCUAUUGGCCAUAACCUCACCUCUACCCGGCUCAAUUAUCUUCUCUCAAAGCACGAAUAUUAUACCCUAGAAAAUGGACACUUGGAGGAAAAGUUAAUCAAGUUGAUUCCGCACCGCGACAUGUACAACACUAAAAAAGUCAACAGCAACAUCAAUCUCAUCAACUCUGUCAACCAGAAGUCACUCGUCGACUUUAUCCGCGCCAAGUUGAUCGAAGACCCGGAACGAGUGGUGUAUCUUGAUGAAUUUGACAAUGGCCCUGUAACCUUGAGGGAGUUGCUUCGUCCUUGGGGAGACCAUGCUGAGAUGCUAAACGUGGACGAUUUUGUUGAACUCACGGGUUCAGAUGGAAUCACGUACUAUGAGGGCACCCAGGACGUCCAGCGCAUCCGCGAGACGUUUCUUAGUUAUGAUAACCACAUCCACGGGGCAUUUCUCGCAGAAAUCGUCAAAGAAACCAUCUUCCGCUUAGAAGUGUCAAAUUAUAAAUACUACGAGUACAAUGUGGAGUUGCACAUUCAAGAUUUUCAGGUGGAACCGGGGGUGAAUAUCUGGCAGAAAAUGGCUGCCUGGAUCUGUGACGAAAAGCUUUUCAGCGAGAAUAUCCGGUUCAUCGUGCAGAUCCCGCUCCACAAGUACCCGGAAUUAUGCAGCUUGGGCCGCGUAGCCUCAUACGGUGAGUUCCUCCAACUCAUUUUCCGGCCUUUGUUUGAGGUGACCCGGCGGCCGUACUUUGAUAUCAAUCUCUUUUGUAUGUUGACUAGGAUUGUUUCCUUUGACCUUAUGUUGAACAUUCCUGAAACCGUGGGGGGCAUCAAUCCAGGUAAAUUCACAAGCCAGCACAACCAUAUCCAGUACCCUGUUCCUGACGAAUGGACUCUGUCGCAGAACCCACCGGCCUACUACAUCCAUUACCACUUCAUGCUGAACCUAGCGGCGCUAAACCACUUCCGGGCUAUAUCUUUGCAUGUUCCGUUGAACACGUUCAACCUCCUCUGCACCGAUAACAACUCGUAUGGUUCUUCCUGCUCUGGAAUUUCGUGUCUCAGCUCUUUCCGGAACCCGAACCGCCGCAAUCUCCAGACGACGGAUUUGGUGGAAAACGGAUGCGUGAGCUUUCUUUUAGCGAAACGCGUAGCGACUGACGGCUUGAAACUUCUCGAACACCCCACGCUCCAGUACUUAUAUUAUAUGAACCAAGUUGGCCUUCUCAUGGCGCCAACCUCGGAUAUUUCCAUUCACAAAGCGUUAAACGUGUCGGCCAGAAACCGUGGAUUGUCGUACAUGAACCAUCCGUUCAUCCAGUUAUCCCAGAUAGGACUCUUGGUCAGUAUCAACGCGUCGAAUCCGCUUCUCUCCUCAUUGACCCGUGAGCCGGUGAUGGAGGAAUACUGUAUAGCAGCGAAUAUCGUCAAGAUGAACGAUGUGGAGUUGUGCGAGUUGAUGCGCAAUUCAGUAAUGAAUUCGAACUACGAAGCAUAUUACAAGCGCAAGUGGAUUGGGGUUGAUAUUGAGAAAAAGAAUGAGUCCGAAAAUCGGUACAAAGCGACUAAGACAAGGGGGAGUGAAGACUAUCUCAGAGCGCUCCAUAGAGGCUGUUUCAUCGAUAAUGAUAACGGGUUUUUGAGAACAAAUGUACCCCAGAUCAGAGUACGGUAUAGACAGAAUACGCUUAGGUAUGAGUAUGAGUUUAUUCUCAAGGUGGCUAAAAAGUACUAAAAGGCAUAUAGUGAGUGCAUCUUCUGAUAUCAAUAUACAUUAAUUCGGAGGAGGAUGCAGGUAUAUGAAGACGGAGGAUGAAGAUCUGCAGGGGUCGAAAACGGCGUAAAUAGAGGUCAGUGGUAAAAUCACCCUGUGACGAAAGGAUCCAAACUUUAAAACGUACGUGAUAAGAUUUACUGCC